AUGACGACGGCCACUUUCAAAUACAUUGAUCCCACCUCCUAUGUCGACAGCGAUGUCCCUUUUGUGAAGCCUUGGUCCAAGGUCGAUGAUGCAGCCCUGUCCUUCAAACUCGCUGAAUACAAGCGGUCCGUGGAAGACCUGCGCGGGCAGGAAGCCAAGUUCUCCGUGGAUACCUCAGGCUUUGCAGUCUACAAGCAUCCUGCCCACGAGAGACGCUUCACCGAAGACGUCGCAAUCCGCGAAGGAUAUUAUGGCGAAGUGGAGACAUUGCUCCGAGAGAAACUUCCAGGCGUGAAAAAGGUGGUCAUAUUCGAUCAUACAAUCAGACGAAGAGAUAAAACGUCGCCUCGUCAGCCUGUUCAGCAAGUGCAUGUUGAUCAGACGCCACGCGCGGCCGAGGCAAGAGUGCGAAGACACCUACCUCCAGACGAAGCAGAAGAGCUUUUGAAAGGACGCUACGAGAUCAUUAAUGUGUGGCGACCCAUCGAAAACCCCGCCUCGGAUUUUCCUCUCGCCGUGAUCGACUGGCGGACCGUCUCACCUUCUGAUUUCGUGAAAGUCGAUCUGUUAUACCCGAAACGAGAUGCUGUAAACGGUGUGCUCGACGACGACGAUCGGGGAAAGGAGGCUCUCGCGGACCCAGACUCGGCUGAUUCCACCGCCAGCUAUGAGAUCAAGGGCGAGACGUACGUCAUUGCGCCAAAUGAGCACCACAAAUUCUUUUACCAGAAGGACAUGACACCGGACGAAGUCAUGUUUAUCAAGUGUUUUGACUCUGCCAGCCAGGUGAAUCCUGGUGGCAAGCCUGGUUUGGCGGAUUGCACGCCACAUACUGCAUUUGUGGACCCUCAGACGCCUGCGAAUGCUCCUGGGCGGCAAAGCAUUGAGGUACGAUGUCUAGUGUUUUACGACUGA